GCGAGCGCGUCUCGUUCAUUCGCCGGCUGGGCGCGUUCGGAGGAGGACGGCGGGAGAGGAAGGCGUUCUUGGGACCUCGCGGGCGCACGGCUUCUCGCUCUUCUCCACGUUCCUGCGAUUUAAGGGGAGCUGUAACCGGGCGACGGGGCGCGGGAGAACCGCACAAGAGCCAUGGGUGCCGGGAGCUCCACGGAGCAGCGGAGCCCGGAGCAGCCGGAGGCGGGGAGCGCGACGCCGGCCGAGCCCGAGCCCAGCGGCGGCGGCCUUGCGGCGGAGGCGGCGCCCAGCGCGCCGGGUGACCCGGCCAUCGCUGCCGCGGACCCCGCCACCAAGCUCCUCCAGAAGAAUGGUCAGCUGUCUAGUGCCAGUGGCUUAGCUGAGGAAGAAGAGUUCAGCCCCCAGGAGGGAGCCCUGAAUGGCCAGGAGGAAGAAGCCAUUGUCACAGAUGUUGGGCAGAGAGAGUCUGAAGAUGUGAGUGAAAGAGCCUCAGAUAAAGCGAUGGCUGCUGGCUCCGUGGUUGUUCAAGACAUGGCAAAGGACGGGCAGGAGGAAAUGCCUGAAAUCAUCGACCAGAUUCCUUCUUCGGAAAGCAAUUUAGAAGAGCUCAUACAACCCGCUGAGUCCCAGGCUAAUGAUGUUGGCUUUAAGAAGGUGUUUAAGUUUGUUGGCUUUAAAUUCACGGUAAAAAAGGAUAAGACCGAGAAGUCUGACACCGUGCAGCUGCUCACUGUCAAAAAAGAUGACGGUGAAGAAGUGGGAGUGGCAGACGGGGCUGGUGACCACCAGGAGCCCAGCCAGGAGCCCAGCCAGGAGCCCAGCCAGGAGCCCGGAGAAGCAACAGCCAAAGAGAGGGAACUAAAACAAUCCACAGAGAAACCCGAAGAAACCCUUAAACCUGAGCAAAGCAGCACAGAAACUUCUCUUCAGGCUGAGUCUGGUCAAGCAGCAGAAGAAGGCAAAGAGGAAGGAGAAGGAAAACAAAAAGAACCAACCAAAUCUCCAGACUCUCCAGCUAGUCCUGUGGCUAGUGAAACAGCAUCUCCCUUCAAAAAAUUCUUCACUCAAGGUUGGGCUGGCUGGAGAAAAAAGACCAGUUUCAGGAAGCCUAAGGAGGAGGAGCUGGAAGCUUCCGAGAAGAAAAAGGACCAAGAGCCAGAGAAAGGAGACACGGAAGAACAGGAAAAGGUGGAAGAUCCUGCUGAGAAACUGGCUGCCCCGGAGCAGCCACGGGAGCAGCCACAGCCACGGGAGGUCACUGAGAGUGUUAGCGCUGCCAGACUGUCGGCGGAAUACGAGAAGGUGGAGCUGCCCUCCGAAGAUGAAGCCCCGGGAGCCCCUGAAGAGAAAGCCGCCCCUUUAGCAAGCGAAGUGUUUGAUGAUAAAGUAGAGAUUGUUGCCGAAGUCCACGUUAGCAUGCCGGAGAAGACGACAGAAGAGGAGAAGGCUGAGGUAGGGGAAGAAGUAGAGCCUUUGCCAUCUGAGAAAGGGGAGGAGACACAGGCCGAGCUGGAGAAGGCCGAACCUGCUGAGGAGCUGGUCAAGACGAGAGAAGUGUGCGCCCCCGGAGGGGACCAACACGCCCAGCCGACCCACCUGAGCCCCGAGGAGAAGGCGCCCUCUGCACAGCCCGAGGGCGUCGUGAGUGAGGUGGACAUGCUGUCCUCACAAGAGAGAACGAAAGUGCAAGGAAGCCCUUUAAAGAAACUUUUCACUAGCACUGGCCUAAAAAAGCUGUCCGGAAAGAAACAGAAAGGGAAAAGAGGAGGAGGGGAUGAAGAGUCGGGGGAGCAGCAGCACGUUGCUGCAGAGUCUCCAGAUAGUACAGAUGAACAGAAGGGCGAGAGCUCUGCUUCAUCCCCUGAGGAACCGGAGGAGAUCACGUGUCUAGAGAAGGGCAUCGCCGACGCACACCAGGAUGGGGAAGCUGAGGAAGGAACUAUUUCUGACGGCGAGAAGAAGAGAGAAGGUGUUACUCCCUGGGCAUCUUUCAAAAAGAUGGUGACGCCCAAGAAACGUGUCAGAAGGCUUUCUGAAAGUGAUAAAGAAGAUGAAGUAGAUAAAGUCAAGAGUGCCACCUUGUCUUCCACGGAGAGCGCGGCGUCUGAGUUGCAGGAGGAAGCCAAAGGAAAUGGGGAAGAGCAGAAGCCAGAAGAGCCGAAGCGCAAAGUGGAUACUUCAGUAUCUUGGGAAGCUUUGAUUUGUGUGGGAUCAUCCAAGAAAAGAGCAAGAAAAGCGUCAUCUUCUGAUGAUGAAGGGGAACCGAGAGCAAUGGGAGGAGACAGCCAGAAACCAGAUGAUGCUGGAAAAGACAAAGAAACAGGACCAGACGCUGCCCUUGCCAGUUCCCAAGAACAUGAUCAGGGGCCAGGAAGCUCCUCACCUGAGCAGGCUGGAAGCCCCACCGAGGGGGAGGGAGUUUCCACCUGGGAGUCCUUCAAAAGAUUAGUCACUCCAAGAAAAAAAUCGAAGUCAAAACUGGAGGAGAAGAGCGAAGACUCUGGACCUGGGUCUGGUAUAGAACAUUCAGCUUCAGAUGUUGAACCUGGAAAGGAAGAGUCUUGGGUUUCCAUUAAGAAAUUUAUUCCCGGACGAAGGAAGAAAAGGUCCGAUGGGAAGGCAGAACAAGCCGCUGUGGAAGAUGUAGGGCCAGCAGAGGUCAACGAAGAUGAUUCUGAUGUCCCGGCCGUGGUACCUCUGUCUGAGUAUGAUGCGGUGGAAAGGGAGAAAAUCGAAGCACAGCAAGCCCAGAAAAGUGAGGAGAAGCCGGAGCAGCAGGUAGCCGUGUCUGUGUCAGAGGAGAUCAGUACGAGUGUGGUUCAUGGGGUGACGGUGACUGUCCUUGACGUGGCAAGGGCUGUUAGCAAUGUCGAAGAGAGGUCGCCAUCUUGGAUAUCCACUUCGGUGACAGAACCGCUUGAAGAAACAGAAGAUGAAGCCAAACCCCUAACUGGGGAGGUAUUCGAAGGAGAAGUCCUUGCAGAGGAAACCUCCGCUGUUACCAAAACUCUGCCGGAGGGUCAAGAUGCCACAGAUGACACAGUCGUGAGUGAAGCGGAGUUAACCUCAGAAGCCGUGACCGCUGCAGAGGCCGCAGAGGCACUUCGUGCUGAAGAAGCAGCAGAAGCGUCUGGUGCCGAAGAGACCGCCGACAUGGUCUCCGCCGUUUCUCAGCUCACCGACUCCCCAGGCACCACAGAGGAAGCAACACCCGUUCAGGAGGUGGAAGGCGGUGUGCCAGACCUGGGGGACCAAGAGAGGCGGACUCAAGAGGUCCUGCAGGCAGUUGCGGAAAAAGUUCGAGAAGAAUCACCGCCGCCUGACACCAGAGCGCCAGAAGACAUGACGCAGACGAUGCGGGAAGUAGGAGCCAAAAUACUAGCCAAGGUGGAGGAAGCGGUAGAGGAGUCUGAAGGGCUGGACCUGAAGAAAGAAGUGGAUGGAGGGCCGGAAGUAUGUGCCCAGGAAGCGAAAGCUGAGACUUUGACACAAGGGCAAGUCGUCGGACAGGCUGCCCCAGAAAGCUUCGAGAAAGUUCCUCCGGGCACAGACAGCGUAGAGUCCAGUGAGCUGAGAACCACCUGUCAGGCGGAAACCUUGGCUGGGGUAAAAUCAGAACUGAUUCUGGAGCCGGCUGUCGCUCCUGACUCAGCUGAAACCCUUACAGACAGCGAGACGAACGGAAGCACCCCUGUAGCGGAUCUUGACGCGCUCCACGUAGCACAGCGAGAGCAGAUCCUGGAGCCGCACGGAGAUGCUGAGCUCGCGCCGGGUGCACCGUCCCAGGUCACCGAGGCGGAGGCACUUCCUCCAGCACCUGCUAGUUGUCCCUCCCAGGAAGAAAAUGAAGGACAGUCAGAAACGGAAGAGGUUCUAGAACAUACGGACGAAGAGAUACCAGUGGAAACCGUACCCAUUCUUUUGAAGACAGACGCGCUUCAAGAGGAAGGUCAGUUUCCCGACAGGGAAAGUCAAGAGAAACGGCCCGUCGAAGGCCCCGACAUGCCUGCAGACCCCGAAACCGCCAUCCGUCAGGACAUGACAAGUGAGGUCGCCCUUCAAGAUGAGGCUCCUGAAGAACCCGAAUUUCAGAAGGAGGGCGGUGCUCAAGUCCAGAGCCCUGCACCGUCUCCCACCCCCGCGGAGAGGGAGAUGGCUGUUCAAGGAGAAAGGGAGGAAACGGAAGCAAGGCCACCUCAAGCCACCGAGCAGGAACUUGAGCGGAUACCAGCUGUGAGCGGAUCUGAGGAGCAGACGGAGAGCGUGGCCAUCAUCGACGGGGAAGACGAGGUUACUGCUUCCGAAGAACGUUCCACGCGGCUCGUGCAGGAGGAGGCAGUAUGCACAGAAGUUCACAGCCAGGGCUCAGAGGCGUCAUUGACGCCAGCGGCUGCGGCGCUGGAGGAGAAGGUCUUAGGAGAAUCGGUCAAGAUUUUAGAAACCACGGAAACUCUGGAAUCUGCAGAUGCACAGUUAGUACCAGAAGAAGAACCCUCCGAGAAAGCCGAAGACCUGACUGCCCAGCCAGGGGAGGUCGAGGUGCCCACGGAGACCGCGGCUCAGCCAGAGUCGGUACCGGUACCCGGCGCGGCGGUGCCUGAACCAGGCAUCUGUGCCGACCUAGAAGGAGAUGAAACCACACCACGGAGACCGUCCACAGAUGAAGAGGACACGCCGGCGGCUUGUCAGGAAGUCCCGGUGUGUGAAGCAAGAAAGGAAGAUGUAAAGGCAGAAAACGAGAUUUUGGAACUUGAGACUGAGAGCAGUAAACUCGUACAAAAUGUCAUCCAGACCGUUGUUGACCAGUUAGUGAGCACGGAAGAAACAGCUGCGGGUUUGCAGACACAGGCUCAGCUGAUGAUCGUGGACACCCCAGAGGCAGGACCACACACUGAGACCGAAGAAGGGGACCUCCAGGCCUCAUCACAGGAUGGAGCUCAAGCGGAGGCAGCCAAAGAAGAAUCCACGCUCACCACCGUGGAACAGACACUCUCUGACAUUUCCGAAGCCGUGAGUGAAGCGUCAGCAAAGAUCACAAGUGUUGAGGUAGAAAGUUCCAGUGUAAGUGACCAGCAGCUUGAAGAGGCAGUUCUAUCGUCUGAGAAGAAAGAAACAACCGGAACCGAGUCGAUUCCAGAAGAUGGUGACCAUGCUGGGUUAGAAGAAAGGCUAGAGGAGUCCCUGUCUGAAUCCCGAGAAGAUAAAAAAGGUGGUGCUAUUGAUGACCCUGAGAACCAGCGCUCAGCCCGGGAAGAUGCCGAGGCCCCAGGAAGCUUAAGCAAAGAGUCCGCGGACGCAGAUGGACCAACAGUGAAAGAGAAGGAGGGUGGCCAGGAAGCAGAAUUUCAGCAAGGAAAAGUCCACAGCGAGUCAGAAGAAAUCAAACCCCAAACACAGGAUGACACUCAGAAACAGGAGGGAGAACCAGCAAAAUCAGAACCCACAGGAUCCUAAAACAUCAUGUCCAGCCCACGUGUUUGCAAGACCAGAAUGUGAAGACGAGCAGUAGGAGGAAGACGGACGCUGCUGACGAGAGUCAAGACCAGUGUUUCAGACACAGAACGGAAGAACAGGCCCCUCAACUGACCUCCUUUCUGGAGCACCCUGACAACCCUGAGGCUGCAUCGGGAGCUAGACUGUCUCACACUCCUCUUCACAGGGCUACCCCUUUGCUUUCCCUUGAUGCCGUAUUGUAAUGUUUCUGAUUUAAGGUCCUAAAUUCUUCACCCAGAACUGGAGUUGGCCAAACCUAGUUCAGCUUCUCAAACUGGAGUAUCCUCCUCUAUGUAUUUAUAUGUAUGUUUUAAGUAACCCUCCUUCUGUAUCUAUUGUAUAUUUUUUUCUUAACGAUUAAGGAAAUGUGCAGUAUGGUACAUUCCUUUUGUAUCGCGCAGGACAUGGCGGGGCAUGCAGCCGUAGUCAAGCCUUGGGAAGCUCUAAGCCUCAGCUGUAACCUUGAAAACAAGUGUCCUAGAGACAACAUUCCUGAUCAGAAGCUAGAGUUUGUACUUUAAAAUCCACUAAGGAAUAGGGUCGUCUGUGUUUCAUAUCGCUCUAAAAUUGGUCAUUUCCCUAUCAUGCACAAUGUGCUGAAAAUAAAAAGCUUUUUUGGGGGGUUGGGGGAGAAACAUACAGAAUGUUCCAUUGUUACUGUGAAAUUUUUCUUUCUAGCCCAGUGGGGGUUGGAAGGGAGUUUUUUUCAGUAGCAGAUUAACUUUAAGCCCUUUUUCUGAAUUAUGGCUGUUUGGACAGAUGAGUGUGUUUAAAUCCUGAGGCAAAGUAGUGGGAAAUGUUUUUCAUCUUAUCAAGAAAACAAUUAACUGCUUAAGGUUUUGGUUCUACUCUUCUGUGCUGGACAACAUUCCCACAGCAUGGAGUAAAGUCAGGUUCUUGACAAACGGUAUUUUGGUAGGUCCUGGAUUGUGUCUGUGCCAUAUUUGUGCCCACUCUUUUAAGGACAAUAUUGCAUUAUGUUCAUUUGGAUAAACUGUGAUUUGACAACUGAUUUAAAUAAAAUAUUUGCUUCACUUAGAUUUGCUGGUUUUAUUAGAUACUAGGAAGCCUCUGGGGCAUGUGAGCUGAGUUCUAAAAGCAGAUAAGGUAGAAGUUUCCAGUGUGGUCACUACGUGAUGGCUCCACUGGGUACUGGUUUGAGGUAAUGGUCAGAGGAACUCCCCACAGAGAGGCAUCAGCUGAGAUCACCCAGGAGCUUCUCAGAGGGACAGAACAGAGUCAGUGCUACCAUCUGGUGGUGUCUACCUGAAAAGGUCAAUUUUCUUUUAUUAUUUUUGGUUUUAAACAAUGAGAAAUGGCUAGAAAGAAAUUUUUGAGGCGGCUUAAUAGUAAAAAUACCUGGCCCAACAGAUGAUUUUGGAAUUUUUUUUUUUAAGGUGUCAGAAUGAUUUCUGUUUUAUGCCAGUAUGUAAAAGACUUGGUCAGACAAUGGCCACAGUACCUGCGUAGUGUUCCACUUUUUCACACGUCAAAAUGGCCUGGGCACGUAUGCUUCUUAAAUUGCAUUCAAACGCAGAACUCCAGUUUGCAAACUUAAAUUACGACUGCUAGGUAAUGAUUUUAAAGCAUUCUAGAUGUUCGAGAAAGACUAGUUUAGCAGAAGGAAAAUAGGCUGUUAAAAGCAGAAAGUAGUUGAUCCUGGAUCAACAAACCUGAUGACCAAGAAAGGGGCCAUAUUAGAGAGACACCUUAUGAUAACAGUGUAUGGCCUCGUAGUUGGGAAAUGUUUACUCUCCUUUUAGGAAUUAUUCUCAUAAUAGUCAUCUGAGGCUCAUUAUUAAACUUUAAAAUCCCCAAAUUAAAAACAAACCCUUUGAUCUAAAUAUCUUUUGCCAACUUGAGACUUAAAAAAAAUCCAAGUGCUGGUGUCAAUUUUUGAAGAUCAACCAAGAGGUACUGGAGAUGAGAGCAAUUUGUAAGGGGGUCCUGAUAGGUCCAAACACUGACUUUGUCUCUAUGACAUGAGGAUGCUUCGCUUUGAACCGAUUAAAGAUUCGUGUAGUCGCGUGGUAAAUGAUUUUUUGUUGUUGUUUUUGUUUAAAACACUAUCCGCCCACUCUGUUCUGUUUGUGUUUGUCUCAGACCACCUGUGGCCACGUCAUUCUGGCCUUGGCAGGUGGUUUUCCAGCAGUGUUUGCUUCAUGACUAUGCUUUUCAUACUCCUCUCUGGAUGUGCCCCGGAUUACUUCUGUGCGAGCUCUAUACCUAUGUCUGUUAAGCAACACUUUCAUUAACCAGAGGAAUGCUAUUAACAGUAGCAUGAAAUAUAAUUCUGUAUUAUAAUUCUAAAGCUGCUGUUAAUUUAUGAAGUACAUAAUAACCAAAUGUAAACUGCAGAAGUUGCAGCAAGUGCCUAUAUUUUGCUAUUUUUGGCAAAUGUGGAGCCAUGUACAGUAGAACGCAAUGCAAGACUUGUAAACUCUCCCCACUUCUUGUAAUUGAGGAAUAUAAAAUGUUCCCCCUCAGGUGAUUUUGCUAAUGGUACACAUGAGUUGCCUCUCUCUGUUACAAAUACUGUGUUCCAGUAUUUUCCUUUGCUGUUUGGAGCUACAAAUAGUCAAGGGCUGGAAAUUUUAGCUUUCAGUGUAAGCUUCAAGCAUAGCAGUUUCCUUUUAACCUGAGACAAUAUUUGAUGACUAGUUCUGUUUGGGGGCAAUUUUUCAUUUAUCUAAAUAAAAUGCGACCUUUAAAUGCCA